AUGGCCGACAUCACUCUGCCCUCGUCCUUGCUGCAACCGCGCGACGACAGCGAAGCAGACACACUUCUAUCUAUUCUUGGACGCAUCCACGAUGAGCGCGGCCACUUUCGACACAUCACCGAGCAAGGCCUCCAGGCUGAAAUAGCCGCCAACGACAAUGACGAGGAGAGCUCUGAAACAGACGACGACGACGAUGGCGCAGAGCCAGAUGGACCAGAGGAAAAAGACCGUCGGGAACAGCUAUGGACAGCUAGAGCCGAGAUGAGGCAACAUGUCGAGUGCGUUCUUUGGAGAGUAUUGAUUGUCACCAAGACGAAUUACUGA